AUGACAAUAGACAUAAGAAAUGGAACGAAUCACAUACCAGACGCUCCAACUACGAGGAUAGCUCGCGAGAAUCGUAUCUCGCCUUAUCUGACGGAAUCCGAGCGACAGAGCAUUCUCACCUAUUUGGAACCGUCUGCUAAAGCGCUAUGCACAGGAGUUUGUCAGCUGUUACAAGCUGAGGACAACGUAUGGAAAGACACGAAAGUCGGCGUGAUUUGCUUUAUUCGCAAUCCUCAAAUUAAAGAGUACGUUCUAUCUCUACUCUUGCCGAAACCAAGCGGCACAUCUGCAGCUAAGGUCCUCUGGACAAUGACCGUAUCCGCAUUUUUUGAAACAGAGAAGACAAGUGACGAGCAUCUGUUGAUAUUUGUAAUGGAUUCGUUUCCGAGAGACGUUUGUGGUCUUCACUUCUACGAUCCACGCGAAGCGGACGAGUUUCAUCGGAUACUCGUCAUCGAGAACCGAAAUCGCAUCACUCGGCGCGCCAGUAUACCGAAGCGCCAUGCACCACCGCCUCCUCAGGCUGGUGGAUGUGAGGUGGUUGAACAGCUUACUGAACCUUCUGGUGCUCUUACUAUUAACAGCGGCGAGAAGAAGCAUAAAAAAGGAUUCCUUGGUGGCAUAUUCACUAUGAAGAAAAAGAAAAAAGAUAGAAAGAAGCUCGACAUCAGUGCACCCAUGGAGUUCAAGCACAUUGAGCACCUUGGACUCGAAGAACUUUCCGUCGAAGAUCAGGAAACAUUCCAUCAUCUGGUCAAGGAAGUUGAUAUUCAACCCGGCAACGAAGCUCAGAUGCAAUUGAUUCGAGAGAUUAUCGCAACAAGAGGCAGCGAAAUACGAAGCUCGAUGAGGUUAAAGAGAAAUUCAGUUCAUCCAAGCGAGUCGUUCGGACGCGGUCCACACAAGACGCUGGCCGAAUCAAGGGACAGCAUGAUGGUGUUGCACAAACAACAACGACGCACACCUCGUGAAGUCAAGAAAGGAUCGACGACUAAGGUAAACACUGGUCAAGAGAUUCCCAUCGACCGCUAUUUGGAUCCGGACUGGGAAAAGACACCAUUAUUCGAGUCGCAAAAGAAGUUGCAUGUGAUCACUGAAUACAACGAAUCUGAAUCUUCGGUAAUUUUCAAGAUAGGAACUUGUGGAUAUGGAAAAUCACUACCACGAGAUAGCCUCCCUCCACGUAUACCAGAUCGAAAGCAAUCAGGGAGUGCUACGAAGCCAAUCUGGCGUAUUGAGGUUCCUCUUCCAAACGGUGCCCAAGUUCCGCAACACUCACCACCUCCAACGCCACCAUCUAGCCAACCGUCGCCAGUACAGUCGACGAAUGAACCUUCUCUCACUUUUCCUCAAAACAAUCAUUCCGUCACUACGUCCGUUCCGAGUGAAAUAUCCACCUCGGCACUACCACCACCACCUCCACCGCCAAGCCUGCUUUCACCGGCUCCAACACCACCACCGUGUAGUGAACUAAAACAGCCUGUGUUCGACAUCCCUCCAUUCAACACUAAUGGGCGAAAAAGCUUACUGGAGAGCCCAACUGGUGACGGCGGACUUCUUUCAGCCAUACAAGCUGAGUUGGAUAAGAGACGAGAAUACAUUGUGACCGAUAGCGACUGCGAAGCCGAUUCCACUGACAGCGAAUGGACGGACUGA